GGUGGGGAAAAAGAGCAAUAAUCCUGGAAGUUUCCUGUACGAUUAACACUGUGAAUUUAAAAAUAUGGGCCAUUCUACUUGUUGUGUAGUGAAUUGCAAAAACAAUGGUGUUCGCAAUAAGUGCAAAUUUUAUCAGUUUCCAACAGCAAAACAUAAAGUGGAGCAGAGAAACAAAUGGAUUGCAGCUGUACGGAGAAUUAAUCCAAAUGGAUCACCAUGGUGUCCAAAGCCGUGGGAUGUAAUUUGCAGUGAGCAUUUCAUUGGAAAUAAAAAAUCAGAGGAAGUCUCAAGUCCGAGUUACAUCCCAACCAUAUUCCCUUCUGUAUACAAGACGAAAGUUAUGCAUACAACUGGAGCAAUGAAAAGGUAUGAACGGUUCAUGCAGCGAAGAAUAAAUAAAUCCGAGGGAAUAACCUCGAAGGCAUCCCAACCGGUUAUCGAAGAACUAACGGAGCAGUCAGAAGUGGAUAAUAAUGCCGGAACCAGUCAAAAUGAUCAUAAAAAACAAAAUUGCGAUCAAGAGUGUCAAGUGGAUAUUUUUUCACUCAAUUUCAUUCAACCAGAAAAAGUCUUCAUCUGCAAUAGAUACAUUAAUAACACAACUUCCUGUUGCGAUUCUGAGAUCCAAACGGAAAUAAUAAGUCCAAGCUUGAUUAUGGUGCCGAAUAAAAAACAGUUUAAAGAUAAAAAAUGCAGUACGCUACAAAAAAUAUAUGUAGAUCAGUCAGUUGGACCUGAUAUUGAGAAUGACGAAUGUACUUCUAUAGCUACUACGAAAAGUUUUGCUGGGAUUUCAUCAAUCAAAAAUAAUGAGCAGUGUUUAGAUCUUACUGGUGUGUCGCUUGAGCAUUUUCAAUUCUUAUUGAAAAGAAUAAAUAAUACCGCAAAAAACUGUCAAGUUUCCAAAGAAAAUCGACUUUUCAUAUUUUUGGUUAAAAUGAAAACUGGGCUAACCUUUUCAGCAAUCAGCGUUCUGUUUUCAGUACAUCGAACGACGAUUUCAAGAAUUUUCUUUUCAACUCUGCAAGAGUUAUCUAGCGCUACAGCUAACUUAGUAUUUUGGCCAAGUAAAGACGUAGUACAAGGAACAAUGCCUGAAUGUUUUCGGCCUGAUUACAGUAACACUCGUGUUAUAAUUGAUUGUACCGAUUUUGGAAUAGAAAUACCUGCCAAUUUUGAUCAUCGGGUGUAUACUUACUCACAUUACAAAAAAGGUUUCACUGCGAAACUUCUUAUCGGAAUUACUCCAGCAGGUUUUAUUAGUUUUAAAUCAAAAGUGGCUGGCGGAAGGGAAAGUGAUUCUCAAAUGACAAUUGAAUCUGGCUUACUAGAUUUAUUGGAGGAUGGAGAUAUUGUUCUGGCUGAUAAAGGUUUUCCAGAAAUUCGAAGAAUCAUUGAUCAAACUGGUAAAAAAGUUGUACUUGUUAUGCCGCCAUUUUUAGAAAAAAAAUCUGAAUUUACAAAAGAAGAAACUGAAGAAACUUACAAUAUAGCACGUGUCCGUAUUCAUAUUGAAAGAAUCAUGCAGCGAUUAAGAACUUACCAGAUUUUAGACAAGAUACCCGAUAAUUUGUUUAGUUGCAUUGACGAUAUAAUACAUGUGUGUUGUGUUUUAGUAAAUCUACAGCCUCCUAUAAUUUCGGAUCAAAAUACAGAUAAAAAGAAAUAGCACGUGUCGAAAAAUGUUUAUAAAUGUGUAAAUAAAAUAUUUUUCAUAUA